AUGGACCAAUCCCUCUACAAGGACUUCACCACCUCUCGGGGGUUCAUCUAUCACUACUUGUUCUCCCCGGGGGAUGCCUCCAAACCUGUUUUGCUCUUCCUUCAUGGCUUUCCAAGCACUUCGUACGAUUGGAAGCACCAGAUAGCUUUUUUCAAGGAGAAAGGCUACCCGCUCAUCGUCCCAGACAUGCUAGGGUACGGGGGUACAUCCAAGCCCGUCGAUCCCAUGCAAUACAGGCACAGAUUGCUUGCACAAGAUAUCGUGGAGAUCCUGGAUACCGAGAAGGUCGCGCGCGUUAUUGCUGUCGGGCAUGAUUGGGGUUGCGUCGUAACCAGUCGCUUGGCGGAUUAUUAUCCCGAUAGAUGCUUAGCAUACGGGUUUCUCGCUGCUGGGUACUACCCAGCCUCCCAGCCCCUGGCAUACGAGGCGAUGAUGCAGCUGAUGAAGUCAAUGAUCGGCACCGAGCUGAUCGGAUACUGGGAUCUCUUCGCUGAAGACGGUGCCGACGUCAAGAUUGACAACAACCUCGAGUCGAUGUAUAGUCUUUUGUAUUGUGCUGAUCAUGAUCUCUGGAAAGAUUAUAUGCAGCCCAUCGGUGGGCUGAGGUUGUGGGUAGAGAGCAACCGGACGACACCGAUUGGUUCGUACCUGACCGAAGAGGAUCAGCGUAUCCAGAAGGAGGAGCUACGCAAGGGAGGCAUCAAGGGACCACUCUGUUAUUAUAAAGCCGUGCGUACUAGCAUCAUGGCCGACGACUCCAAAGGUAAACGGCAGUAUUCCCUUGGUCCUUUGUGCUCACAUGCUCCUGAAGCGAAUCCCCCCAAGAUCGAGAAAGUGAGCAAGCCCGUUUUCUUCGGCGGUGCCUCGAAGGACUACGUUUGUCUGGCACAUAUGAGUCUGGCAGGCACAACGGCAAGCUGCGAAGAUACGACCUCCCAUGUUUACGAUACCGGUCACUGGGUACAGUUGGAGGCUAAAGACGAGGUUAAUCGAGAUCUGUUGGCAUGGAUUCAGGCCGUUGAGGUCAAGACGGCGUAA